AUGAAAAUGAAUCGUUUUAAACGGCAGCCAAACAGAAUGCCUCAUUUUCAAGAUUACACGCCUAUGUGCUUCAAGAUGCCUCGAAACAAGCCAACUGCCUUCGUGCCGUACAUCUUGCCAGUGAGGCAAAUAAUUUCACCAGAAAUUGAAUACCCAUGGCAAUACUCACAAAGAAGGCAUUCUAAUAGCCGUGCACCUUUGGCUGCACCAACACCCUUCAGAGCUGUUUGCAGUCAUGCGGAAAUCGAAGGCUUUAAUGGCUACUGGAAACAUAACCAAAGCCGAUUUGCUGAAAAUGGUAUUGGGCUCAAUGGAUAUGAAGACCCAGCCAGCCCUGUUUUAACAAGCAGCUCUGAUAGUCGAACAAGAAUAUUUUAUCCUACUUCAUGUCACAGCAAUGUGGAUCAGCAAUUAAGGGUUGUGUCGAACACAACUGGGCAUGGUAUGGGAUGCCAUGACACAGCUACUUUUCAGAGAGAUGCUUGGCAGUCGAGAUAUCAGUGCCCAAACCAUGGUUUCCAGGAUGUAAUGUUCAGAAGAACUGACAGUAGCAGACAUUUACAUGACGAAAGAGUAGGCCGUAAAUGUUCUAGUGUUGCGAGAGUUGCCACAACUUUUUCAAGCACCGCUACAAACGACACCACUGCCACGACUACUACUGUGACAGUCACUACCUCUAGUGGUGCUAAUGUCAUUGUAUCAACAGCCUUCACCACUGUUUCGUCUGCUGUCAUUGCCAGUAAUGCCAUCCCUGAGACUUCUACAUCAACAAGAAAUGUAGAUCUAGCCAAAGCCGUUUCUUCAGAUAGCGCGUUUAAAGUUCUUGAGACAGUUGCAAAGCAAAAUGGUAGUAGCUCGAAGAAGCCCAAUAGAAGACAAAAAGCUGCCAGAAAUCGCCCAAAGCUAAGUUAUUUGAACAACCAGCCCGAUCAGAGACUUGAUGAUGAGCUUCAUUUGCCAGAACCUAUAGAUUUUACAUCUACAAUCUUAGGAAGUGAAGAUGAAGACAUUAAAGAUGUGAAAGGGGAAGAAGAUAGGCUGUCAAAUUUGGAACAUUCCAGUCUCGUUAAAAGAAACAACCCUUAUGAGGGAACGUUAAAGCAAUUAACCCAAAGAAUAAAAAAGAAAAAGGAAGAAAGAAGUAAAGAGGAAGUUGCUUGCAAAAUUUUUGGACUUCUCUGUUUGCAAGGAUCUCGAGAAAGGAGAUAUGAAAUAAGUGUUGAAGAAUUACGAAGACGCGUAAGUGCUCCCGAGCACCUAAACAAAGUAGACAUGAUAUCGUACUUGCGAUUGGCAAAGAAUUCUGCAAGACAGCUGCUGGAGAAACAUGACAUCAUCAGCUCUCUUCACCACCGCCUCUCAAAGCACACUGUUCUUUCCAAAGUAUCAGAACGAGAGUGUGAGGAAUUGGCAAAUGGAGUCCACGACAUUAACAUGUCCUUCUUUCCAUUUGAAGUGACUGCAAAAACGUCAGUAUCCAAUGCAAAAAAAUCAGGAACAGACAGCACAAAGCGGAAACAGAAUCUCAUUAAAAGACUUAAAGACCUAGAAGUAACGAGAUCAAUACUUAUGCAGCUACUUUCGGUGAUACACUCAUUGGAUGAGAACAAACAGAUGAAGGACUUCGAAUCGAUGACGCACACCUUUGGCAUACGGAAUCUGUCCAAUCAUGUCCUGUUUUUCAAUAAGUACUUUGAAGAGGAAACGAAAACAGCACUUAACUCUAUAAAAGAAGACUAGCCUUUCGUUUAAUUUCGAUAUGGACUCAGACUUAUAGUCUUAUGGCUUGGCAACACGAAGUCUCUUUUGUAGAAAGUAAACCAAAUAUCAACAUAAAGAAAGUUGAUAAGAUGUUAAUAGAACACUCUUUAAAUUAAUUGUUUAGAAAGAUUUGUGGCGUAGAUGAAGGGCUUGAAAUAUUUGUAACUUUUGCCAGCUAAACAGAUAUGCAGAAGUCAUGGCCAUUGCUUGUUUAGGCUAACACACCAAGUCGACUUACGGCUUCGUUUAGGAAAUGGCUCCAAACUUAAUUGUACGAACUUUUAAGCAUAGAUUAGGGUAUUAGUUAUUCAGUUAUUUGCCAGAAUACAGUAUUUGAUACUGUUUGUACUGGUAUGGUAGAUUUUUUGAUGAUAUGAAGUUUGAAAACCUAUAGGGGAAUAGAUCACAAAAGUUGUUCUGGGUGAAACUUUUCACCCU